UAGAAAUCUGAUGAAAGAAGACAAAAUGUCAAGCUGAAAUUGCUCAAAAGUGUAGAUAGAUUAGCGAUGUAAUACCAUCACGGAUACAACAACAAGUAUAAUGUCCCUCGGAGCUUUUUCAAAAUCAAUUCAUUUGAUCAAAUCCUUGCAACAUGGAAGUAUUGCAAGAUCAAGAAUUACGUCUCUAACAACAAGAUACAUCUCAGAAAUUAAAGAAUCGGAUCAACUGCAACUUAGUAAAAGUUGUGUUAAAAGAUUGAAAGAGAUAGUUAAAGAUAAGAGUUUUUUACGGGUUCAAGUUGAAGGAGGAGGUUGUUCAGGGUUUCAGUAUAAAUUUGAGUUAGAUAAAACAGUUAAUGAAGAUGAUAGGGUUUUUGAAGAAGGAGGGGCUAAAGUAGUAGUUGAUGCAGAUUCUCUCGAGUAUAUUAAAGGCUCCACAAUAGAUUUUCAUGAGGAACUUAUCAGAUCUGCUUUUGUAGUUGUUAAUAAUCCUAAAGCUGAACAGGGAUGUUCUUGUGGAGCUUCCUUUGCUGUCAAACUUUGACAAUAGUGAACAUGUUUUUGAAAAAAAAUAGUCCAAAAUGCUUCAGUGCUAAAAUAAUGAUAUUAUUGAAAUAUUAGAAUUGUACCUCUAACUAAAUGCCAUUUUAUGAAAGCGCUGUUGAUUUAAUUUUUUUGCCGAUCGGACAUUUUUCAGCGACCUGUGAAAUCUGAUCUCAAUUCCCCACAGAAUAAGUUCUGUUAUAUACUGACAUGGUGUUCGACAAUAUAGAUGUCAACUGUUCGCACCAUUUUACCAGCACUCAUUAAAACUAAGGUUAUGUUUUUUAUCUGAAAGAGUAUUAAGUAUAAUAAUAAAAAUUAAAAAUUU